CAUCCGAGCAGCAUCUCUCCAGGUAGCUGCUGUUUAUCUCACCACGGCGCUGCCGAGAGGCGAACAAAAACUAUCCUGUUUCACCCCGACUCUCAUAUGCACUCUCCAAAACCAAGACGACUGUGGUGCAUUUGUCUUACUAAGUGCCAUGGCUAGGAAAACGGACAUCCCCUCUUCUUAUUAUGGUGAACCACGCAAGUUUGACCCAAACUUUAGGGGACCUGUUCAGAACAGGAGCUGCACAGAUGUGGUUUGCUGUGUCGUCUUUGUCGUUGUCAUCCUUGGCUACAUUGCUCUGGGUACCGUGGCCUGGAUCCAUGGUGACCCGAGGAAGAUUGUCUAUCCAACUGACAGUCAGGGACAGUUUUGUGGCCAGCAAAACACCUCCAAUGCAAACAAAGCCAUAUUGUUCUUCUUCAACAUGCUGAAAUGUGCCAAUCCUGCAGUUUUAAUUAACCUCCAGUGCCCUACAACCCAGCUCUGUGUCUCCAAGUGCCCUGACAGAUUUGCCACUCUCCUGGAUGCAAGGAAUACCAAAAACUGGGAGUAUUACAAGCAGUUCUGCAAACCUGGCUUUGAGAUCGGCAGCAAGUCUGUUGGAGAGGUCAUUCGAGAUGAAGACUGCCCAUCGAUGAUUGUGCCUAGCAGGCCAUUCCUUCAGCGGUGCUUCCCUGAUUUCAAUACAAGAGAUGGAAUUUUAACUGUAGCCAAUCAGACCAUCUUCAAAGACGGUGACAAUAACAAAAGAAGUGUCAGUGACCUCAAAGAUGCUGCCAAGGAUUUCAGCUCUGCACCCACAGAACGCUGGACAGAUAUCACAGGAGGUGUUGCCAAUCUACUGAAUGCCAAAGAAGUUGGCAUGAAGAUCUUUGAGGAUUAUGCAAAUUCCUGGAUAUGGAUUCUCAUAGGUCUGAUAUUAUCGAUGGUGGCCAGUCUGCUCUUCAUCCUGCUACUGCGAUUCAUUGCUGGUAUUAUCGUGUGGGUCAUUAUUUGUGGUCUGAUCACUGCAGUCGGCUACGGUAUCUGGCACUGUUACUGGGAGUACAGCACUCUGAGCAAGAAGCCAGAUGCAAACGUCAUCAUCACUGAUAUUGGCUUCCACACAGACCUCAGUAUUUACCUUCAGCACAGCCAGACGUGGCUCUUCUUCCUGAUUUCGCUUUCCGUGCUUGAGGCCGUCAUCGUGGUUAUGCUGAUAUUUCUGAGGUCGAGGCUGAGCAUCGCUAUAGCACUACUAAAGGAGGGAAGCAAGGCCAUCAGCUACAUGAUGUGCGCCCUCUUCUACCCUAUCAUCACCUUUUUCCUUCUGGCCAUCUGCAUAGCUUAUGCAGCUGUCACCGCAUUAUUCUUGGCAUCUUCAGGCAAUGCAGUCUACAAGGUGGCUCCGGCCGACGAUCAGUGCAUGUAUGCAAACCGCACAUGCACUCCAAAGACCUUCAGUCAGACCAAUAUCACCAAAGUUUGCCCCGGGUCACAAUGUAUGUUUGCCUUCUACGGCGGGGAGAGCGUGUACCACCGCUACAUCUUAGUUUUCCAUUUCUGCAACCUUUUUGUGUUCCUGUGGCUGGUCAACUUCACCCUGGCCCUGGGCCAGUGCACCCUGGCGGGGGCUUUCACAUCCUAUUAUUGGGCCCUGAAGAAGCCCAAAGACAUCCCUCCCUGCCCACUGUACUCCUCAUUCAGCAGAGCCAUAAGUUAUCACACAGGGUCUUUGGCUUUCGGUUCUCUAAUCCUCGCUGUGGUGCAGAUGGUCCGAAUUGUCCUUGAGUACCUGGAUCACAAACUGAAAGGUUCUCAAAAUGCCUGCACUCGGUUCUUGCUUUGCUGCCUCAAAGGUUGCUUCUGGUGCCUGGAACAUUUCAUCAAAUUUAUGAACAGAAAUGCAUAUAUUAUGAUAGCAAUAUAUGGAAAGAACUUCUGCACCUCUUCCAAGGAAGCCUUCUUCCUUUUGAUGAGGAAUGUCGUCCGGGUGGCUGUCCUGGACAAAGUUACAGACUUCCUCUUGUUACUGGGAAAACUUCUAAUUUCAGGAGGUGUUGGUGUUCUUGCAUUUUUCUUUUUCUCACGGAGAAUACCAGUUUUUCAAGAAGAGGUGCCAUCACUAAAUUAUUUAUGGGUCCCCCUGGUGACGGUGACGUUUGGAUCCUACAUAAUUGCAAAUGGCUUUUUUAAUGUCUAUGCCAUUUGUGUGGACACGCUGUUCCUGUGCUUUUUGUGGGAUCUGGAGGUGAACGACGGUUCCCCGGGUCGGCCCGUUUACGUGGACAAAAGUUUGAGGAAGAUCCUAAGCAAACCCGACAGCAGGAGUUAAAGACGAGAAAAUCGGCGGCGGAACCAGAGGGACUGAGACGGCAUUUGUAUUAUACACAAAAUGUUGUUUCCAAAGCCCAGUGCAGGCCCAUGUGGCUGCCAACACUCGCCAAAUGCUGCGCAGUGUAAUGAACACUGAUGAAGACUGACACCAGUGGUUUGAUCCAUCCAAACUGAGUGAUACUUAACUCAGAGUGUCAGCGUGUUUAAAUGUAUUUUAUUGGCGGAUGUGUGCAAACCAACAUAGUGAUUGUAAUUUUUAUGUAUAUUUAUAACUGGUAUAUGGUUUGUUAUGAAACCUUUAGAACCACCUUUUUCACAAUUUGUUUUAUUUAUUUUUUUCACCAAAAAUGUACUAUUGAGGUUCUAAUUUAUGGGACUCCAGUAACCGCAGGUUAUGUCAUCUUGUGUUUCUUGUAGUGUCCAUUUUUCACCACAGGGUGGUGUCCGCCACUGUCAGAUGUGCUGAAGUGUCAUCUGUGAGUGCAGAUUUUUUUCUUCUUUUUUUUUUAAAUCAUGAAAAAAAACUUAAAUUCAUCUGUGUUACCACAGUUAUUUAUUUUUUUUUAUCUCAGUGUCUCAAAGAGAUCCAGGGUGUGAAGUGUUUUCACCACCAACGUGUCUCCCUCAAGUGCCUUUUUUCUAAAUGUUGUCAUAUGGAGUCUCUUAAUUUGGUGUUUGAUGUAUUUAGUUUACAUGUAAAGAUGCUUCAUCCUUAUCAUUAUUUUUAAAAGAGUCUUUAAAAGAAAUUUAGUAGCCAGAAAUGGAAGUGCAUCUCUUUUGAAAUACAUAAAUACACAUUGGUUUAGUUAAAAAUGAAGUGGUAAGAAUGUUUUAUGUUUGGUUAUUGAAAAAACAAAGUUAUAAUUUUGUCUCUGCCACAGUGUAUAAGUCAAACCAGCCCAAAUCACACAACCUCACUCAUUUGCACUUUGAUUACUUUUUCCCAGCGUGAGCAUGGAGGCUAUGUAGCUAAACCAGGGACUCUUUUCCAAACUAUUAAAGUGAACAAAAUGAUACUAAAUGUAAGACUCAACCCCUGUUAGAGGUGGCAGUGAGGACUGUAACUGGCUUGAGUUGAGCUCAGUAACACUCAGGUGUCUGGGCUUUUACAUAAUCAUCAGAAAGUCCUUAAACUUCUGCAGUAUAACUCAAAUGUCUGCAUUUUUUUUAACCACAUCAAACUACAUCUGAAUGUGUGUAACGCGUGUGCAGCUCACUGUGAAAACCUGUCAGUAUCAGAAGCGUUUAAAGUCUGACCGAGGAGUUCUGAACCCACUUCCAGUCGGUUGGCACGGCUCCUUUUGUUGAUCCAAAGUCAGGCUUUGCGUCAGUCUCCACAGCUGGCCGUGCAGGGAAUCAGUAAUGUUAAUGAUGCAGUUGUCUGGGUUUAUCUCUGUAAUUGAGGAUCUGAUGACUUGAUAAAAUGCUGUAAAGUGUAGUGUAGGAAAAUGUAUUUACUUCUUUAAUUGUUGGCCAAUAGUUUGUUCUCAAAAGAAUGUCCAGUUUGGUGCCAGUGGGAACUCUUAACUUGUAUUUUAUUGUCCUUUUUUGUUCUUUUCUUUUAAUAAUCCAAAGUGGAUUUGUGUAUUACCGAGACUCGUGUUCACUUUAAGAUGUGUCUCAUUUUUGUUCUCCAACAUUUUAUUGUGUUGCCAAACUUGAGAGCCUGUCCUCACGGUACCCUGGAGUGACAGCGCUGCCAGACUAACACACCCUCUGCACCCACAGAGCACGCUGGGACACGCAGCGGUUCAAUAAAAGCAAAACAACUCUUCUUGUGUAUGUGAAGGAAGACAAAUGAUGCAUGUGAUGUUCAGCGGGGCAUAUCACGCAUGUUGAGUGUUGUCAUCGCUUUGUUGUACCAAACAACUGCUACACUCCCAGUUGAAUUUUGUAUCUUUCUGUUGAUGUUGCUCGGAUUUAUUUUCAUUCCCACCGGUGAAUGCGACAGAUCUGAUAAGUGUAGUAAAACUCUGUUUUUAUAUGCCCUCCCCUCCCUUCCAUGUCUGAAAAUAAGAUUCUUUUGGUCAACCACAGUCAACAAGUAGACACAAGUUAAACGUCUGUCGACACACAAAUUGUGGGACUUUACUUUCUCCAAACUUUCUAAACAAGCUGAAGGUUUCAACCAAUAAUCCAGGGGUUGAUGAUAAUAAAUUCAGCUGUUACUGCUCUUUUUUCCUCUUAAAUUCUGAAUUUUUAAAUCUCUAAGGUGGAAACACGAUCUACACUCAUUGAGUUUUUUCAUUCACUUUUAUUCAUUCAUCUUUCAGAUCUAGUGAAAUUAGGACAUAUAUUCUUGAAACAGACUUCACAGACAAUAAAUUAAAUAGCAACACUGUAACACAGACAAGUUUAAGUUCACCUUCAUAUGGAGCUUUGGGUCUGGUGGAUUUCACUUAAGAGCAGCACAGUCAACGUUUGACAUCAACUACACAAACAAAUCAAACAUGUGCCACAAUCCCGUGAACUACACUAAAACCUUUGCAUUUCCACAUUAUACAUAUAUGUCUGUAAAUAAAAAAAUGUCAUAUACACAUAUAUAUUUAUAUAUGUAUAUAUUUAUACACACACACACACAAAUGUAAAGAUAGAUUAAUGGCAGUUUAAGAAAGAAAACUGUGCAAUGGUUCACUGAAAAUAAAAUGAUAGCCGGUAAGUUUGAAUCUGAGGCUGCUGAGUGAAUGUGUAGGUGUGCAGGUGUAUGUGUGUGUGAGUAAGAGAGAGACAGACAGAGAGACAGACAGACAGACAGAGAGAGCACCUCAGGCGUGAGACACAGGCAGGGAGGUCAUGACGUGGCCUGGCAGCAGAGGUUGAAACAUGGAAGGAGGAGAGUGUACUGCGGGCACACACAGAGAGCACACGGUUAUUACAGUCAUUCAUGUGGAGGGGAGAUCUUUAUCAAUUAAUGAAAGCAUCUCUGUAAGAAACACUUUAAUGAAGUCAAAAACGCCAUAUGUGCUGGGGACACGUUUGGUCAAGUCUAAUGAAAUGAUCAUUUAUUCAGAAAACCGAGGCAGAGGUUUGUGAUCAGUGAUGUCUCUACAACAGUUACACCAUAUUAAAUGAAGCUGAAAACUUGAACUAGAACUUGAAUAUUUCUUAAAAUCCUUCAUUGGGUUUGCAUAAUUUCUUGUUUCUUGAUUUUAUAGCUUGAUAUU